GGUCCAUUUUUUUUACUCCAUAGCUGCAUAGAGUAGUCUUUAAAUUAUUCUUUUUCAUUCGCCAAUUUUGAACUUUUAGAUGGCGUGUAGCCGAGCAAUUUUAAUAACAUUUGUGUUACUAUCAUGGCUAGCAAUCCCAUCUUGGUCAUGGGGAUCUAGAAAACGAGGUAGUUAUGUAAAAGAUGCUUGUAGUGUCACAAGAUAUCAAGAUCUUUGCAUCGACUCUCUUUCUUCAUACUCGAACAAAGCCAAAACCGACCCUAGUAAGUGGGCCCGUGCUGGUGUUUCUGUCACCAUAGGUGAAACCAAGAAUACGACCCGUUAUUUAAUUGGGCUGAAGAACAAGAAUCGCAUGAAGGGAAGAAACCGAGUGGCGGUUUUUGAUUGUGUGGAGGUGUUUCAAGAUGCAUUGGACAGUCUUCACAAAGCAUUGGGGGUACUUAGACAACUUAGUGCCGAGACAUUUGUGAACGAAAUGGAGGAUAUAACUACUUGGAUCAGUAGUGCACUUACUGAUGAAGACACUUGCUUAGAUGGAUUCGAAGGGCAAAAUGGGGAAGAAUUUAAGUUACUCGAAACUAAGGUUACAAAAGUGAGUUAUUAUACUAGUAAUGCUCUUGCUCUCGUUACUAAACUUGCUUCAACUGGGCCAUAGCACUAGUUCCCUUUGACCAGUAAGCCAUCUUUAUCGUUCAUUAGGAUAAGUAAGUUAUUGUAUUAGUAGCAACCAAGCUCCAAAAGUGUAGUAUAUGGUAAAGAUAAUAAAGCCACUGUAAAAUGAAUGAAACAACUGUUUAAUGGUCUUCUUUAUCUUCUCUUUUA